UGAAACCUGGAUACUACGUAGGUGGCCCUGAUUGAUACAUGGCUGAUCCAAGGUUAACACGACGUCAAGAGCACGACUAAGCCACCUUCCAUCGCGCGUGCUUCUCGCCUGUCCAGACAACCCUCGUUGUACGAUAUAACCACCUACCUGCUUCCGACUCUCUUUUCAACUCUUCGAUCGCGUCCUCUUGCACGCCACCGUCGUCAUGUGCCUGAUUUUCACCUGCGGCGAACACACGUUCCGGAAGGAGGUCGAGGGGUAUGAGGGCGUCGUCUGUCGCUGCUACAAUUGCGGCAACUACUCUGGCCGCGUGGUCAAGACCCACCCGUGGUUUACCUUCUGCUUUAUUCCUUUGAUACCUCUCUCCUUCAAGGGCUACGAGGACGUCACCUGCCACAUCUGCAACUUCGCCCAACCGCUCGAACACAGGCAGGACGUCCAGGCGAUGCGAGGUGGAGGGGGAGGGGUAGCUGGAGGCGGACCCGGACCCGGAGGAGGCGUGCCAUUGCAGCCGCAGGGCGCUCCGCCGCCUGGGCAUGGACAGCCGAAUCCGAAUCAACCGAUGAGGUAUGGAUAGUUGUGACUCGGGACUGAGGCAUACCACACAUGCUUCUAUCAUAGGGUUGAAAUACUACCCGAAUCACAUUGUUUCGGAAGCUGGUGUUAUGGAGUCAAGUUUAUGUUCGGAAUUCGGGACAUAGAAGGAUGAGUUGCCGCGUUGACUACGGACUCGAUAUUGCUCAGACGUUUGAUAGUUAUUUCUAUUUAUUGUAUGCAAGCUCCUGUCUGUAUAAUGACUUUGCCAUCGAAUGGUUGAAAUCGAGAAACGCCUUGACGAGCUCUUCUUCCAUCGUGUCUUCUUGGCCAUGCUAGUAAGUUUUAAAGAAUAACACGGCCGCCUACCUAUAUACCUAGACAAAUUUGAGCCGCAACUCGACCAGAAGAACUGCGGGGUGCUUUGGUUCGGU